AUGAGGCUUGUCGUCUCAAGCUGUCUACUCGCAGCUCCUUUCUUCUCUUCCCUCUUACAGUUUUCAGUCGCCACCGUCGUCCUCAAUUCCAUCUCCGCCUCUUUUGCCGAUCUCCCUGCUAAAUUUGACGGCUCCGCGACCAAAAACGGAAUAUGCGGAGCUCUAUACGUCGCAGAUCCUCUCGACGGUUGCUCGCCGCUGCGCCACGCCGCCGCAUCUAACUGGACAGAACAAAGAACUAAGUUUGCUUUGAUUAUCCGAGGCGAAUGUUCUUUCGAGGACAAGCUCCUCAAUGCACAGAACUCAGGUUUCCAAGCUGUGAUUGUCUAUGACAACAUCGAGAACGAGGAUCUCGUCGUUAUGAAGGUGAACCCUCAGGACAUUACAGUGGAUGCAGUUUUCGUUUCACAUGUCGCGGGUGAGAUUUUGAAAAAGUACUCUAGAGGCCGAGAGGGUGAAUGCUGCCUUUAUCCGCCUAGCAAGGGGAGUGCUUGGACUGUGCUGGCCAUCUCAUUCUUCUCUCUCCUUCUAAUCGUCACUUUCCUGCUGCUUGCCUUCUUUGCACCCAGACACUGGACCCAAUGGCGAGGGAGGCACAACAGGACCAUGAGAGUAGAUGCAAAGCUGGUCCACGCACUCCCCUGCUUCACCUUCAGUGAUUCUGUUCAGCAAAAGGCCGGAGAAACAUGUGCAAUAUGCCUCGAGGACUAUAGAUUUGGAGAAAACCUGAGACUUCUCCCCUGCCAACAUGCUUUUCACUUGAGUUGCAUCGACUCUUGGUUGACAAAAUGGGGUACAUCCUGCCCGGUGUGCAAACACGAUAUAAGAACGGAGACAAUGUCUUCUGAGGUACAUAAAAGAGAGUGUCCUAGAACAGAUACAAGCCCAGGUUUGCAUCGAUCUGAUGUUCCAAAUGAUAUAGAAUGGUGUCACAUGUCGGGCUUCUUCAUCUUUAAUUUGUUUGGGAAAGAUCCUAUCGAAUCGAUGUCAAGCCCAAAGGCAGAAGAAGUUGUUACUGUUGAUGUGAGGCAAGCCAAGAGUCUCAUCGAAUCUGGGUAUCAGUAUCUUGAUGUUAGGACCCAGGAAGAGUUCGAGAGAGGCCAUUGUUCGGCACCUAAGAUCGUCAACAUCCCCUACAUGCUCAACACACCUCAAGGUAGAGUGAAGAAUCAAGAUUUCUUGAAUCAAGUCUCUUCUCUUCUCAACCCAGCUGAUGAUAUCCUUGUGGGUUGCCAAAGUGGAGGCAGAUCCUUAAAUGCCACAACUGAACUAGUAGCUGCAGGUUUCAAGAAAGUGAGAAACAUGGGAGGUGGUUACUCAGCUUGGGUGAAUCACAACUUUCCCAUCAACAAGGAGCAACAAUCUGCAAACUAA